AUGACGGAUUUCGGGGAGAUCCUGAGGCACAUAAGAGAGUUUGGAUUAUUCCAGAAGCUCACUCUGCUUGCACUCAGCUUUCCAAAUUUGGUUCAGGCUUUUAUUUUUGAAAGUUUUCUUUUUGUGGAGUUUGAUCCGGAUCGACACUGUAACACAGACUGGAUCCUCAGUGCUGAUCCUGACCUGAGCCCAGAGGAGCAGCUGAACCUGACUCUGCCCCGGGAGGAGGAUGGGACCUUCAGCAGGUGUCGGAUGUUCAAACCUGUGGACGGGAACAUUAGUACCAUCAGGGAGCACGGACUAAAUGAGAUCACAGGGUGCCAGAAUGGAUGGGUGUACAUCAACAACAUGUAUGACAGGACUGUGGUCACUGAUUUUAACCUAGUGUGUGACAACGCUAACUUGGUGGAAGUAGUACAGACGGUGUUCAUGGCCGGCGUUCUUAUUGGUUCCCUCAUAUUUGGACCUUCUGCUGAAUCGUUUGGUCGCAAUCAAAUCCCUAUUGUUAUAUUGUUUGUUUUUAUCAUAGCAGCAGCAUUAAGCCCAAAUUUCUACCUGUAUUUAGCCUUCCAGCUCAUAGUGGGAGUUGGAGCUGGAAUUUUUCGAGUCAACUGUAUCAUACUGUCCACUGAGUGAUUUGGUGCAGUGGGUCAAUGCAUCCUCGCUGGUCUGAUCUACAUCAUGAGAGACUGGAGAGUCACACAACUCAUCACAGCAGCUCCACUUACUCUUACCGUCGUCUACAUUUGGUUUAUUCCAGAGUCAGCCAGGUGGUUGUUGAACAGAGGAAAGACAGAAGAGGCCAAACAGCUGAUCAUGAAGGCAGCAGCCAUCAAUAAGCGCACUGUUCCAGACUACGUGUUGGAAAAGGUACUGAACCUUCCACAUUAGUUUUCUUACAA